CAUCGGAUAUUUCCUCCUCAAGUGCAAACGAUGUUCUUCUGAAGGAAAGGUCCCAACGAUGUUCAGACUUCAGAGAGCUUCAAGGCUCUAGCGGAGCCCGCAGCGGGUGGCAGGCCGGCAGCCAGCGGCGCGCCGAGUACUGCCUUCAAUUCAAGCAAGCCAGCAGCCCAGCGAGCAAGAUGAAGAAGAAGCAUGUUAGCAUAGUUGCAUUGUGGGAGAAAGCUGCAAAGGCCAAAAAAACAGCAUCCACAUCCACACCAAAUGCUGUUGAGAUUGAGAGUAAUGAGAGCAAUGUGCAGUUAGCACUUGUGCCACUGCCAGCGCAGAAUGAUGGUGAAAAAAAUGGUGAAGCUCCCCAGCCGGACAGAGGCUCCCCAACUCCAAUUGUAGAAGAAACUGCAAGUGAUGAAGAGGUUGAGAUGUCUGAAAUUAGAGUAGAUUUGGAAGCGCUUGAGCAUGAUCCUGGGAAGCGGAUUCCCAUCUCAAGGUAUGAUGUCAAUGACCGAGAUAGUGUUAGAAGGAGAUAUAUUGAGUUAGGGCCAUGUCAACCAAAAAAUCAUGAUUUCAAAUACAGAGAUAUAGGUGGUCAUCCACGUCGCUUUUGCCCUGUUUGGUUUAAGGAGAAUAAAUGGCUUGAGUAUAGUGUAGAAAAAGGUGCUGCCUUUUGCUUUAUUUGCUAUUUAUUCAAGGAUAGAAUAAAAUGUCCUGGUGGAGAUACAUUUGUGAAUGGUGGAUGGAGGAACUGGAACCUAAAAUCAAGAUUGAAAAAACAUAUUGGUGGUGUCACUAGUGCUCAUGCUGAAGCGCAAGAAAAAUAUGAUAGGUUCACUACACCAAGAACAUCAAUUCGGGAAUCUUUUGCUUCUAACACCACCGAGUACAAAGCUUUAUAUGUACUCCGUUUGACAUGGACACUAAAGUGCUUGAGAUUUUUGUUGCGCCAAGGCUUGGCAUUUAGAGGGCAUGAUGAAAGUGAACAGUCACUGAACAAAGGAAAUUUUCUUGAGCUCUUAAAUUGGCUUGCAGGAAAUUUUGAUGAGGUUGACAAGGUGGUUCUAAGGAAUGCUCCACAAAAUUGUAAGAUGACAUGCCAUGAAAUACAACAUGAGCUCAUUAAGUGUUGUGCCCAAGAAACUACUAAGCUAGUAAUUGAAGAACUUGGUGGUCAACAUUUUGCAAUACUUGCUGAUGAGUCUGCUGAUGUGUACCAGAAUGAGCAGCUAGCUGUUUGCUUGCGUUAUGUUGAUAAAAAAGGACGAGCAGUUGUCAGGUUUCUUGGUAUUGCCCAUGUUGAAGAUACUAGUGCUCUGACACUUAAGGCUGCAGUGGAGCAUAUGCUUAUGAAGUAUAAUUUGACCUUGGCGAUGGUUCGUGGGCAAGGAUACGAUGGAGCUAGCAAUAUGAAAGGUAAUGCUAAUGGGCUGAAGAAACUAAUUAUGGAUGAGUCUCCAUAUGCUUAUUAUGUUCAUUGCUUUGCUCAUCAGCUGCAAUUAACUAUGGUUGCUGUUGCUAAGGAGAGUGGGGAUUGCACAUGGUUUUUUGGACAGCUUGGUAUCUUGUUAAAUGUUCUUAGCAAUUCUUGUAAAAAGAUGAGAAUGCUUCGAAUGGCUCAGGCUGAGGAACUAAUUGAUGCAUUAGAGUUGGAGGAAGUAGAAACUGGGAGGGGUUUGAAUCAAGAAAUGGGUUUGGGAAGGCCAUGUGAUACUCGUUGGGGCUCUCACUACAAAACUGUGAUGCAUGUUAUCUCUAUGUAUCCUGCAAUCCGACGUGUUCUAGUGAAAAUUGGAAAAGAGUAUACUACAGCGGAGGCCCAAGCAGCUAUGACUAUGUUGACAUCGUUUCGGUCAUUUGAGUUUGUAUUCAUGGCACACUUGAUGCAAGAAAUAUUUGGUUAUACCGAGGACUUGAGUAGAGCUUUGCAAAAGAAAGAUCAAGAUAUUGUGAAUGCUAUGGAGCUUGUUGAUCUUACAAAGUUUCAUUUGCAAUGCUUGCGGGAAGAGGAAGGAUGGAAUGGUUUUCUUGAGAGGGUCACUUCUUUUUGUGUGAAGUACAAUAUUAAAGUUGUUGACAUGGAGGGUCCUUAUUAUCCUGUUGGUAGACCUAAAAGAGGGUUCUAUAAUGGUGCAAUGAACUAUCAUCGCUUCCAUGUUGAUAUGUUUGUGAGUGUCAUUGAUAGGCAACUUCGAGAACUGAAUGACAGAUUUGAUGAGGUAAACACAGAACUACUUUCUUGCAUGGCAGCAUUUAGUCCACUUAAUUCAUUUGCUGCUUAUGAUCAAGUCAAGUUGGUUACACUUGCUACAAAGUUUUAUCCUAAGGAUUUCACAACCGAGGAAUUAUCGAAACUUCCAUGGCAGCUUACUAUGUACAUUUCUCAUGUUCGUAGAGAUGAAAGGUUUAAAAAUUUGAAGAACCUAUGUGAGCUUUCAGUUAAGCUUGUGGAGACAGAAAAAGAUGAUCAAUAUCAUGUUGUUUACAAGCUUCUUAAGUUGGUGCUAAUUCUUCCCGUAGCCACCGCUAGUGUUGAAAGAGUGUUUUCCACGAUGAAUUUUGUGAAGAAUAAGCAAAGGAACAAAAUGGGUGAUCAAUAUUUGAACAAUUGCUUGGUUACUUUUAUCGAGAGAGAAUUCUUUAGUCAAGUGAAAGAUCAGGAUAUCAUCAAUCUCUUCCAACAAGGGGAUCGUAGGGUUAUAUUGUAGUAUCAUUUACUGUUUUGUAAUAUUUUUAAAUUAUCCAUGUUCAAAACUUGUACUUUGCUUAUUAUUAUGGAUUUGCUAUGACCGUUAUAACUUAUUGUUCAUUAUGUUGCGUAUUAGCUGUGAUUGUUUUUAUAUAUUUGGCAUACCCAUCCGCAAAUUCCUGGCUCCG